CAGAAAUUACUUUAUUUAUUUUUUUUUGUAAGUCUUUCGUACGCUUUUCAAAAAAGGUAGUGACUGGGGAGCCAGUGGAAAGAGAGACACUUGUGGGCCAUGUUGUCCCUGAGCUGCACAGACACCUGGCCUGAGGGCUCCGUGGCACUGGAGGAGGAGGUGGUGACCGCAGCUGCGCAGGCAGAGGCGCUGGACGAGAGCAUCACCCACAGCAGCAACAGCUGCAGCAGCUCAGUCGGCCUGGAUGACAGCCUGACCAGCCUCCAGUGGCUACAGGAGUUCUCCAUCAUUAAUGCCAGCGGAAACCAACAGCUACCAUUGCCUGGCCAGAACCAGCAUCCCCUGUAUGGGCACCAGCGGCUGGUGGGCUCUGACGCUCCGGCAUCCCCCAUGGCGGCUGACCCAGCGUCGAUGGGGAUGCCCCACACCCCAGGAAAGCCCACAGCUGCUGCCUUUUGCAGGGGGCCCACCUCAUCUUCCCUGCUAGGCUUGGCUGCUUAUGGCCAUUGCCCAGAAGAGGUGGACUACAAGACUAACCCCCACAUUAAACCACCAUACUCCUACGCCACCCUAAUUUGCAUGGCCAUGCAAGCCAGCAAGAAGACAAAGAUCACCCUUUCCUGUAUAUACAAGUGGAUCACUGACAAUUUCUGCUACUUCCGCCACGCAGAUCCCACAUGGCAGAACUCCAUCCGGCACAACCUCUCCCUGAACAAGUGUUUCAUAAAGGUUCCACGGCAGAAGGACGAGCCAGGAAAGGGGGGUUUCUGGAAGAUUGACCCCCAGUAUGCCGAUCGACUGCUGAGCGGCGCUUACAAAAAGCGUCGUCUGCCCCCGGUGCAGAUUAAUCCUGCCCUGCAGGCCAGGGUCAGACCAGGGCUCCAGCUCCGACCCACGGCGUCCCUGCCAGUAGUAGGUGGCCAAGGAGAGUUGUCCAUCAGCCCAGAGUCCCAGCAGCUCCUGCAAGAAUUCGAGGAGGCCACAGGGGCAGACCAGAACUGGGAUCCAUGCAGUACUGAGGGCACCCUGUCUGGAGCCUGGGGGAUGGGGAAGGGAUGUGGUUACAAGAGGAAGCAGCCUGUGCCACGCCGAACGACUGUGGUGAAAGCCCCCCGGCGCUCCAGCUCUCCCCUGCUUUGUGCCGACGAGCAGAAGGAGCUGGGGUCUCUGAAAGGGGAUUUCGAUUGGGACGCCCUGCUGGACUCUGCGCUGUGCGGGGAGCUGAGCCUGGAUGGCACCGGCCAGCUGAGCCCCAUCGAGCGGGAUGAGGACUUAACAGUACGCGGCAGGCAUAUUGAGCGCCCGCAGCAGUGGAGCCCCCUGGAGGCCUCUGCUGAAAGCGGCAGCAGCCAUGUUCUGUCCGAGACCCAGCAGAGCAGCAUGGACUUCGACGAGGAGACUUUCCUCGCCACCGCCUUUCUGCAGAGCCCCUGGCCUGAGGAGGAAGACGGAGGGCAGGACAGACGCACUGACUUCCUCUGCAACUCCGGCGUCAACCUUGAACAGCUGCUUGACCUUGGAGACUCUUUCAGUGGUGACCUCAGCAGUAAGAUUGAGUCUUUUCUUUGAAGAAAGGGCUCCUUUCUCAGCUCCUUCAAGAUGGACCCGGCUGAGCCAGGGAAAACUGACUUUGUAAAAAUGAGA